CAACAUUCCAUUUGGAUUAGAGAAACUACCGAUGCCGGCCGGGUUACGUAACUCUUCUUCCCCUGUUAUUUACAUGUCCUAGUGUACCCACCCAUAUGUGUGUGUGUGGGUGUAUUCACCGAGGACACCCUUUUUCCUAUUCCGCCUGGUGGAUUCAAUUUAUGGAUGGAGCACUUGGCCCGGCCUUAUUUCCCUGCCUUAAAGUCGGAUCGGUGCGCAUCCCAUCCGGACUUAUAUCCAACCGGACGGGAGCCCAGUUGAGGUUCAGUACCGCGUUUGCCGCGACGCCAUGGAGAACUUGCCCAGUCGAGUGCUUCCGAUUUUAUUCCGCAUUCAAAUCAUUUGAAGAAAUCAUGAGAAAUGGAUAGCAUCGCCAACUGUUCCAAUUAUUCUGCCCAGUUCGAUCCUACUGUGACUCCAGUGACGCUCAGCCGGGUGGAGACGAUCGUUCAUUUGAUUUGCCUCUCCCAGGGCAUUCCUAUUAACCUGUUGAUUGGCGUCGUGAUCGCCCGCAACCGCCGCCUCCACAAUCCGCGCAACACUUUCUGGCUGGGCAUCAUCGUCCUCAAUUUGUUGACCAUUUUCAUGGCCGUUCUCAAACUUUUGGUCGUUCACGUCGACGAUCCGGCCCAUUUCACCUGUCUGCUCUUCUCCUUCAUGACGGGCAAACCCUACACUAUUCUACUCUUCAUCAUGCUCCUGGCCAUCUUAGAUCGUUACGUUGCUAUUACGUACCCGCUGUAUCACCGGGAGCACGUCACCGUCCGGCUGGUCGUUUUCGUUCAAAUUGGAAUUUUCCUGGCCGUCUUCUUUCUCCUAUCGAUGCCGUUCAUCUUCAACUGGAUUCCACUGCGGUGCGGAUUCAAUUUGAUGAUGGGCAAGUGGACCAUGUUUGUGCGGUCGAUCCUGGUGACGCUGUGCAUCACCGCCCAGGUGAAAGUCUACCUGGUCACUCGACGAUACCUGAGACAGGCGGAAGUCCGUCCGCUGCCCAUUCCACUCCAGCAGAUGGUCAUCACGCCCGCAAACAAUGGAGAAGAGUCGCUGCGUCCGGCUUCCGCCACGGCGGAAGAAUCUUCCAGCUCCUUGUCGGCGGUGGCCAACACCAACAAGAACGCCCCGUUCUUCGUCCACCGCCGGAAUAAAACCGUCAGCAAACUGGAACUGGAGGCCAGUUUGACUCUUCUCGUCGGAGUCUCUACAUUGUGCAUCAUCACCGCGCCCAUGUUUAUCGUCUGCUUCGCUCUUUCCAUCUGUCAACAAGUGGGCGGAGAAUGCGCCGGAUUGGCCUACAUGGCUCCGUACGUCAGACAAUCGGCCCUGAUCCACGCAGUUUACGGGCCGCUCAUCUACAUGAUCCGCAGCCGGGAAUUCGCUUCCGCCGUCCGUAAAAUGCUGCGGCCCAACUCGGCCAGGCUGGACGACGUCAACUACUUUUGAUAAAUUACAUUGCGCAGCUAAAUUAUUUGUUGUAAAUAAUAUCCAGAUACUUUUGACAUGAAACUGAUUCAAUCUCAAAUACAUUUUGCUACAACUUGUACAUG